GUUUGAAGAAGCGCCAGCCGAUGCGAGGCCAUAGAGGCAUCGGUUAGCCGCGGUCGUUGUUCUCGAACCGACGGGUCUGAAGGUCAAUUCUUCUCUUUAGAAAAUCAAUUUCAAAUAUCUCGUCCCCGUUUACAUGCAAUCUCCGGUUUGAUCUCUGCUUCCUUCCUUCCUUCCUUUCCUUUCCUUUAACAAUGAGUUCCGUAGAAAUCACCAGGAACUCACAACAAGAAGAACAUGAAACACUAUUAUGUUCCACUCCUUCUCCUUCUCUUUCUACUCCCAUACAAUUACGCGGCUUCCUAACCGGCGGCGACACCAUCCAAGUCCGAGGAGACAUCGACGAUUUCAAUUUCUCUUUUCAUCUCAACUUUCACAAUCAUCGCUCCCUUCAAUUUCCCCAACCAACCCCUAUUUCCAAUCAUCACAUUUCUAAACAUUCAAACUCUUCCUCGUCGUCGGACUCCAGUUUCCCUCAAGACCCCAACAACAACAACGGAGAAGGAGAUAAUAAUAAUAAUAAUAUUCUGAUACGAGAAUCAUCCACCAAUUACAAAGAUGAUACCCCAACAACAACAACAACAUCAUCAUCAUCGUUAGAGCGAAGAUCAUCGCAGAUCGUGACAAGGUUGAGAAGUGGGGCGUUAUCUUCGAUUGUCUAUUUUCUUCCGCAUCCUCAGAGAAGAACUUCUUCUUCUUCUUCGAAGAGGAAGAAUCGGAAAGUCAGAAAGAGGGUAAUUAAAGAAGUAGUAGUGGAGGAGGAGGAUUUGCUAGAGAGAGUCCUUAGGAGGCGGUCUCUUCCUUUAAGACCCUGCAAUUCUUAUGCUUUCUUUGUUAUGGCAACAUGGGAAGGAUUAAUGGCAAAGGGGAAGAAGAAAGCUUCUUCUUCUUCUUCUACUUGUUCAUUUUCUGAUAGAAGCAGAGAAUUGGGAAGGAUGUGGUCAAGUCUGAAAGAGCAUCAGAAAAAGGUGUUUGAGGAAAUGUCUGUGAAGGACAAUGCCAGAUAUAAAAGGCAGUGCAUAUUGUUGAACAAGGAGGAAGAGGCAACCGGAGAAGGGAAUUUACCAUCUUAGCUAUUGUAAUAAUAAUAUUCGUUUUAAUUGUAUAAUUAAUAAU